AUGAAGAGGUUCUGGAAAUCGGGUCAAGGUCGAGGUGAGGGUCAGGGUCAAGGUCGAGGUGAGGGUCAAGGUCACGGACAAGGUCAAGGUCACGGACAAGGUCAAGGACACGGACAAGGACAGGGACAAGGACAGGGCCGAGGACAAAGUCAAGGUCAAGGUCACGGACAAGGUCAAGGUCAAGGUCACGGACAAGGGCAGGGCCGAGGACAUAGCCGAGGACAAGGACAAGGACAAGGACAAGGUCACGGACAAGGACAAGGUCAAGGACAAGGUCACGGACAAGGACAAGGUCACGGACAAGGACAGGGCCGAGGUCAAGGUGGUAGUGGGAAUGGCGAUAAGAACUUGAGCGAUAUACUUCGACCGAGUAGAAGCAAUAACUCGAGCGAAUCACAAGACUCUUUAGCAGAGUUACCACCAAUGUUCGAUAGGCUGAUGAACCGGUUACCAAAUGAAGGGGUUUUUGACUCCAAUUUAAACUUGAACCCAGUUAUUUCAUCUAGUAUCCACGCAGCAUCUACAACAAGAGACGAAAACUCACUAUUUUCAAGCAAACAAUCAUUCUCUACAAAACAAUCUUCUUAUCAAAGUUCACACCACAAGCAACAACUCAAUCUUAAUAAUAGUGAUUUCGGCCAGCCGUUGCAGACGUUGAAUGUGGUGGAAAAAAGGAAAAAUUCAAAUGAAGAAGGCUUCGAGGAGGUCAUGUUGGAUAAACUACAACAAUUGAGUCAGGACCUCAUCUAUAUCAUGUUGCAAUACAAUAACUCAAGCAUAAAUCUAAGUACUGCAGUUAUCAGCCUGAUAGAUUGUUUCAAGAACUUUAUGGCAGCUUUCAAAGGACCACCAAUACGUACCAAAAUCACCACGCGCAACAGCAAGAAUUUGAGAAAAAUUGUUAAAAUCUACCUUCACUACUAUGACAACCUCUUGCAAGAAGACGUUUACAUAAAGCUAAGAUUGCUUUUGGUCAAACAUUUCAAUGAUUUUGCAGCAAUCCUCAACAACAGCAACAAUUACGAGCAAGCGAAAAGCAUUGUUAUCAAACCGCAGAAUUUUGCAAUAGGGGAUAGAAAUAAAGGCGCAUUCCCUAAUGAAGAAGCAAUUACACGAAUAAUGGAUAAAAUAUCUCAAACAACUAUAACGGUGAAGGAACAAAAUGGCUCUUUUAUCGCUCCUAUCAUGAGAGGGAUUUCAGAUAGUUUGAAAGUGCUAUGUUUACAUUUUGGGUACCCAGACCCUCAGGAGGCACAUUACAAAUUUAUUCAAAAUAUCCACGAGUUGUACGAUGACAUACAUUUUGUCGUGACCAAAAACCAAAUUGAGCAUGCCGCUACAUCUGCGUCCAUUCACGCACCAUCGAGAUUUCUUUCCAAACCCCAGAACCGCUUAGUAGUUCCCUUAUCUCAAAAGUUUAAAUUGCCAUUCAGAGUACCAGUGAAUCCAACAGAGCCUCCAAUGUCAAUAUCGAUAUCUGUGGAAAACACCAUUAAAACAUCAGGAACUAUGGGUGGCUAUAUUUAUCCACGCAUCAAUCUAAAGGAACAACCGCAUUUGCAAAGUUAUGUUACAUCCAAAUUUGCACUUUCAUGUGGUCACGUGUGUCUUGAUACCAAUAACCCUUCGAAAUACCCCAACAUUUCGGCGCCAUCAGCUGCAUUGAUAUUCUUAUACAAACAAGCGUUGACUGCUCAGUAUGAAAAAGUCAAGGAUUCAUUAAGCGACGCAAAAGUCGCUUAUCGAUCUGUUUUACAGCAACUAGAAACAAUGUUUCCUGCAAAGGAGGUCAAGGUACUGGACAAGGACAGUAGCAAUGGUAACCUCAAUUUUCACAAGGUAUCGAUAAAUCUACCGAAAUUGAGAUUUGGGCAAAUAAUUUGGGGCGAAAGAACGUUGAUUAAUCUCAGCACCGGUCCCAAUGAAGUGAGCGGGCUCAUUGAGAAAAAAUUAUCGGAUAUAGCCAUCAUCAAGGUCAAUAAGCAGAUCAAAUGUUCAUCGAAUUAUUUGGGAGACGAUGUCCAAUUCAAUGAGUAUGAUUCAGCUUUGAUAAUGGAUAAUUUGUAUGUGCGCAAAGUUCUUAAUUUGAAGAGGUAUUUCCCAAAGCAAAUUAAAGAAAAUGUAAAAGAUGUCGAUUCGCAAGUAUCAUCAAGCAACGAACCGGAAUGUUACCACGGAAUACAAGUUUUUAAGUACGGAUCUACAACCAAAUACACGCGGGGAAACUUAAAUGGCAUAAAGUUGGUUUACUGGCAAGACGGUGCUAUACACUCGCUGGAGUUUAUUGUAAAUUCUUGCGAGCACAAUUCUGCAUUUGCGAGUGGCGGCGAUAGCGGAAGUUGGGUGUUGACUAAGUUGCAAGAUAUCGAGCCAAACACCCGCGGGUUGGGUGUGUUGGGAAUGUUACAUUCAUAUGACGGAGAGUUCAAACUGUUUGGAUUGUUUACUCCAAUGUGUGAAAUCUUGUCUCGUUUAGAAGAAGUUACGGGCAUAAAGUGGGGGGUAGUUGGCGCAGAAGAAGAAGACGGAGAAAGACGAGGAGGAAAAAAUCAAUCUUAUUCAGAAGAUGAGUUUGGUUCCGAAUCUGACGUACAACAUGAAGACGAUAAAGAAGAAAUUGAAUUAGAUUAA